GUAUGGCUAUUUUUCCUAAUCAUAAAUUCAUUUGAAGUAAUCAUUCAUAAAUCAUUUGUGAUUUGGCAAAUUUCAACGUGAUUAAUUUAUUGAACUGUACAUUUAAAAAAGAACGCAAACCAUAAAAUUGCUGAAGGAAAAAGAAACGAAAAACAACUAAAUAAAUAGCCGGCUGUUAAACGGCGUUUUAACAAUGUCGACAAUCAUAUGCGGCUAAUAAGACUCAAACACGGAUUAUUUUGAAAACAAGUAAAAUUAUUAUAAAUCGAUCAAAAUGCCACCAAAUGCAACAUCAAAUGUUAUGGUCGAAUGCACCGGCGUUCUGAAUGAAUGCGAUGCUGAGACUAUCGACGGAGGAUUAGAUAAAAACAUUGUUGAAUUGAAACAUGCAAACGAUCGCAAACUGAAAUUGGUAUGGAAGAAUAUCCUUAUCUUUGGAUAUGUGCAUCUUGCCGCGCUUUAUGGAGCAUGGCUUAUGUUGUCAUCGGCUAGGAUCUACACAGCAAUUUUCGCAUUUGUAUUAUACAUUGCAUCUGGUCUUGGAAUCACCGGCGGCGCACAUCGUCUUUGGGCCCAUCGUUCGUAUAAAGCGAAACUUCCAUUGAGAAUACUGUUGACGAUAUUUAACACAAUGGCGUUUCAAGAUUGUGCCAUUCACUGGGCUCGUGAUCAUCGUGUCCAUCACAAAUACUCUGAAACCGAUGCUGAUCCACAUAAUGCAACUCGUGGCUUCUUUUUCGCCCAUGUUGGAUGGUUGCUGUGCAGAAAGCACCCAGAAGUGAUUGCAAAAGGCAAAGGUAUCGACUUGUCCGACCUUGAAAAUGACCCAGUAUUGGCCUUCCAAAAAAAAUACUACUUGAUUUUGAUGCCACUCACUUGCUUCAUUUUGCCAACAUUGAUCCCUGUAUACUUCUGGGGUGAAACACUAGAAAAUGCUUGGUUUGUUGCCACCAUGUUCCGUUGGACUUUCGUUUUGAACGUGACCUGGCUUGUAAACAGCGCCGCUCACAUCUACGGUGACCAUCCAUAUGAUAAAUACAUCAACCCGUCCGAAAACAAGUCGGUUGCCGUGUUUGCAUUUGGUGAAGGUUGGCAUAAUUAUCAUCACGUAUUUCCAUGGGAUUACAAAACCGCCGAACUUGGAAACUAUCGUGCAAACUUUACCACACUCUUCAUUGACACCAUGGCAAAGAUUGGAUGGGCCUAUGACUUGAAAACCGUUGCUCCGGAAACAAUAAAAAAACGCGUCGAACGAACUGGCGAUGGAACACAUCACACAUGGGGCUGGGGUGAUAAAGAUCAAACACCCCUAGAACGUGAUGAAGCCCUGAUCACACAUCAAAAAGACAAUUAAAUGCCUCAAAUUACACACUAUUAUAUCAUAUCCAUUUCUACUGUUUUUCGGCUAGGUUUAAAUUUACAAACAGAAAAAAGUGUGUUUUUUUCUUCAAAUCCUUUUAUAACGAUGAUUCGAUCGUUUGCUCGAUCUUAUUUCCAUUUUUGAACACUUUUCUUGCGUGUAUAUUUCCAAGAUCUUAAUUAAUUUAUUUAAUUGCAACUUUUUUCAUUUCUGGACUGUAGCUAUACUAUUUUAAGUUAGAGAAAUGUAUCAAGAAUAAACGAAACAAAAAAUGAAAAAAAUGAACAAAAAAAUUGAAAUGCAGGGUUCAAAAUGUUAAACUGCAAUGAUUCAAUUCACAUUUACCAAGCUUGCUUUUUGGUAUAUAAUAAUAUAAAACAAAUAAACGAUACAUUUGUAGUAAUCAA